UUAUUUAAGUAUACUUCUACGGCAGAGUACAUCCAGAUAAUAAUGUAGAUAAUAAUAAAUGAAAACAAUAUUAUUACCUAUUACCGUCUACCGACAAUACCGUAGUCUAUCGAACUUAGCAAUAAUUAAAAUAUCGAUGUUUUUUAUGUGAAAAUUGUUAAAAUAACUAAUUACUAAUUAGUAAGUUGGGUACUAUUGGAUAUCACUUACUACUAUCGUUUUUAUCUUUGUAUAGCAUUUUCAUACAAUAUAAUAUCUGUAUAUUUUAAUUCAAAAAAUACCAUUAUGAGUUUUAGCCGUGUUUCAUGUCGAUUUCUAAAAAACACUUUUAGAAUACAGAACAAUAUUAGAUUUUUUAGCUGCACUAAUCACCAAGCAAUGAGAUUUGUUCAAUACAGAGAUGGCUGUGAUCGAGGUUUGGGUGUUCAGCUGGAUGGUGGUGAAUCAAUAGUGAGCUUAAAUAGUACUGAUUCAAUUAUUCCCGUUGAUAUGGUAUCGUUUUUACACAGUGAAUACUCAAUUGAAAGAAUUGAAAAGAUAGUUAAAGAAAAAAAGAAAGUCUUGCAGUUGAAUCAGGUUGAGUUGUUACCAUGUAUUACUAAACCAGAUAAAGUUAUAUGUGUAGGAUUGAAUUAUAAAGGACACUGUGAUGAACAAAAUAAACCAUAUCCCAUAGAGCCAUUUUUUUUUUCAAAAUUCCCAAGUACAAUUAUUGGCCCAAAUGAUGCUGUAAAGCAUUCAUCAAAAUCAAAAGCAUUAGAUUGGGAAGUAGAAAUGGCUGUAGUCAUUGGAAAUACAUGUAAAAAUGUUAGUGUUGAUGAUGCAUACAAAUAUGUAUUUGGAUACACUAUUGCUCAAGAUAUAUCAGCAAGAGAUUGGCAGAAAACUAGAAACAAUGGACAAUGGUUGAUUGCAAAAAGUAUGGAUACAUUUUGCCCUUUGGGAUCUGUUUUGGUACAUAAAAAUGAAAUUCCUGAUCCACAUUUAUUACAAAUAAAAUGUUCAAUUAAUGGUGUCAUGAAGCAAAGUGGUUCAACUGAAGAACUAAUUCACAGAGUUGAUAAAUUAGUUUCAUUUUUGUCAAAUUUGAUCACAUUAUUGCCAGGAGACAUUAUUCUUACUGGAACACCUAGUGGAGUUGGCGUAUUUCGAGAACCAAAAGAAUUUUUAAAAGUUGGAGAUGUCAUCGAAAGUGAAAUAUCAAGUAUUGGUAAAAUGAAAAAUCCAGUAAUUGCAGAUAAAUAAUAUUUAAAACUAUUAUUAGUAUCUGUUUAAAUGUUAU